GCGCCGGAAGGACGACCCUUUUUCCGGGACUGUUUGGAGGAAGCGCCCGAGUCUCCGAGUGUAGAGGUGGCGGCGCCGGAGGUCGUCAUGGCUACCGAGCCGGUGGCCGCAGAGCCUGCGGUACCGUCGCUUGUGGAUCGUUACUUCACUCGCUGGUACAAAGCGGAUGUCAAAGGAAAACCCUGUGAGGACCACUGUAUACUGCAGCACUCCAACCGAAUAUGUGUCAUCACAUUGGCAGGAUCUCAUCCAGUUCUUCAAAGUGGAAAAACAAUUAAAAGCAUUUCCUAUCAAAUCAGUACCAACUGUAGCAGACUUCAGAACAAGGUCUCUGGGAAAUUUAAGCGGGGGGCGCAGUUUCUAACAGAACUUGCACCUCUGUGUAAGAUUUACUGCUCAGAUGGAGAAGAAUACACCAUAUCGAGCUGUGUCAGAGGACGGUUGAUGGAAGUGAAUGAAAACAUUCUCCAUGAGCCGUCUAUUCUUCAAGAGAAGCCAUCCACUGAAGGCUACAUUGCAGUUGUGUUGCCCAAAUUUGAAGAAAGUAAAAGCAUAACAGAAGGGUUACUGACACAAAAACAAUAUGAAGAAGUUGUGAUAAAACGCAUUAACGCCACAACAGCUACAUUGUGAGGAUUGAGAUGGAAUGUAAAGCAACACAGCAUUCGAUCUUUGCACUAAAGAGGAGCCAGCUUAUGUGAAGAAGCAUACGUCACAGCCAACCAUCUGCAGGGAGGCCUAAUUUUUUUCUUUAUCUUGCAUAACAAGCCUUAGCUGUCAUUUUGUCUUCUGCCCUGCCACGUACUUACACUGUGGUCUUCUGCUUUUCUCUAACAACUGGCCAGGGAGGGAUUUUUUUUUUUUUUUUAAAGAAAGAAAGCACUUUAAAGAAAAUUUGAAAAAGACGAACGUUUUAAGUAACAAAGUAAAAAUUUACCCUUCAGUCUAUAACCCAUUAGUAAAUACUACAUUUUGACAUUCUUCUGUUUGAAUGUUACCACAUAGUUAAUUGUUUUUGCCUCAAUCUUCCAUCAGUUUGAAGUUAAAAGGAGCAACUGGCCUUUUUUACCCAGUCUACUUUAAUGUGAUGCUACCAAAAGCUAGUCCCACACCAUCUGCUCCAACUCCUCUCUCUCUAGACUGUAUGGAAGAGGCGGAGUGUAGAGUGUACCUUCUCUAGUCCUCACGCUGCUGAGAUGGCCUUUCUCUCUGAAACAAAGCGGAACUGUAACAGUGUGCCUUCUUAAAUGACAGACAUAUGAAAAGGCUUUGAAAAAUACAAAGGGCUUUCCUAAUAUGAAAAUAUUAUAAUGCAGUGCAUGCAUUGUAGCCACUCAGUCUCACACUCUAGUUACAGGGUAACCAGCAAAGAAGUUACUGUAAUUCAGAGACCCAGAGGCCUUUGACUAGAACAAAAGCUUUCACAUCAUUUAAACUAGAAAAGAAAGAAAAAAGAAUUUUUGGUGUAAGAUUGUAUACUUAAUUACACUGAAUUUUAAAUAAAAGGACUUUAAAAGUUGUUAUUAAGGGCUGCAACACAUGUACAAUUAAAUAUGUUUUCAAAUAAAAUAAUACAGAAGAAAUCA